CGUUUAUAUAUGCAUCUCCAUCAAUCAUUUGUCUCAUCCUGUUACCAUUAGCGUGUAGACCAACCGCGGGCUAGGCCGACCAGUCCCGAUCAUCCAUGGCGUCCUCCUCCAAGCGGUCGCUGCCAUGCGUGGUGGUCCUCCUCCUCGCUGUAGUCUUCCACCAUGGCUGCUCGUCGGCGACGGCCCACAGACCGUACGCCGGCGACAUGGGGAGCAGCACCGACGACAACAGCCCGAUGAUCGAGCGGUUCCAGCGGUGGAAGGCGGCGUACAACAAGUCCUACGCCACGGUCGCCGAGGACCGGCGGCGGUUCCUGGUGUACGCGCGCAACAUGGCGUACAUCGAGGCCACCAACGCCGAGGCCGAGGCCGCGGGGCUCACUUACGAGCUCGGCGAGACGGCCUACACCGACCUCACCAACCAGGAGUUCAUGGCCAUGUACACGGCGGCCCCCUCGCCGGCGCAGCUGCCUGCCGACGAAGACGAGGACGACGCCGCGGAGGCGGUGAUCACCACCCGCGCGGGGCCUGUUGACGCCGUCGGCCAGCUGCCGGUGUACGUGAACCUGUCCACCGCCGCGCCGGCGAGCGUGGACUGGCGGGCCAGCGGCGCCGUGACGCCGGUGAAGAACCAAGGCCGAUGUGGGUCGUGCUGGGCCUUCUCGACGGUAGCGGUGGUUGAAGGGAUCUACCAGAUCCGGACGGGGAAGCUGGUGUCGCUGUCGGAGCAGGAGCUGGUGGACUGCGACACGCUGGACGCCGGCUGCGACGGCGGCAUCAGCUACCGCGCGCUGCGGUGGAUCACCUCCAACGGCGGGCUCACCACGGAGGAGGACUACCCGUACACGGGCACCACGGACGCCUGCAACAGGGCCAAGCUCGCCCACAACGCGGCCAGCAUCGCGGGGCUCCGGCGAGUGGCCACCCGGAGCGAGGCGUCGCUGGCGAACGCCGUGGCGGGGCAGCCGGUGGCCGUGUCCAUCGAGGCCGGCGGGGACAACUUCCAGCACUACAAGAGGGGCGUCUACAACGGGCCGUGCGGGACCAGCCUGAACCACGGCGUCACCGUCGUAGGCUACGGGCAGGAGGAGGAGGACGGGGACAAGUACUGGAUCAUCAAGAACUCGUGGGGGGCGAGCUGGGGCGACGGCGGAUACAUCAAGAUGAGGAAGGACGUCGCCGGCAAGCCGGAGGGGCUCUGCGGCAUCGCCAUCCGCCCGUCCUUCCCACUAAUGUGACGACAUGCAUGAUGUGCAUCCUUUUUUCUUUUUUUUUUCAUUUUACGUAAUUAAAUAGUCAGCAUAUGACCAAUCGAGUCAAACGUUUUUAUUCCUGCUAUUACGUGUACCAUCAGUACACUUGUUGUAAAUAAUAAUCCACGGCACCUCGCGUGUAAACCUUUUAUUCUUGUGUGAAAACGACUUCGAUAUGGAAAUGAAUUAGGUAUGUACGAUGAGUCA